CACAUAAUGCGAUAAGUAAAAACUGCGCUGCUAGUGGGACAGUAGUGCCCUCGUGUUUCCAUAAAUGAAUCUGGAGGCGCAUUUAUCGUCCUGUGGAGGGCAGGAGACAGGCUCCUGCCGGUGGAUCUGACUCCCCCUGUCUCUUUCGUUCGUUUGUCUAUGGGAGUGCAUCAAGGCUGGGGACUCCGAUUAAUCCAAACUCCCAUUCCCUCUCUCUCCGCUGGGCUCGCCUGAUGUACAGCUACCCGAGGGGCAAAUCCUUACGCCGGUAACGCACCUCCACCUGGCUCAAAGUGGACUCGAAGCUCACUAUGCUGUAGUGGAAUAUAUUGGCGUUCUGACGGUCGCUGUGAAAAUGCCGUCGGAGGAGUAGAAGGCUGAAUAUUCACCGCCGUUCUCAUUGCCCCCACUCUACCGCUGCCAAGCUUGUUGCUUUGCGAAGAGGCCUAAAAAACACAAAAUGUCGACCAGAACGCCAUUGCCCACUGUGAACGAGCGCGAUACCGAGAACCACACGUCGGUGGACGGCUACCCCGAGCCGCCGGUGGCCCCGCCCACCAAGUCCAGCAGCCGGCAGAGCCUGCCGCGAUGCCGGAACUCCCUGGCCUCGGCCGGCGACGAGCACCCGCACGUGGGCAACUACCGCCUGCUCAAGACCAUCGGCAAGGGCAACUUCGCCAAGGUCAAGCUGGCCCGGCACGUGCUCACCGGACGAGAGGUCGCUGUGAAGAUAAUAGACAAGACUCAGCUGAACCCUACGAGUCUGCAGAAGCUCUUUCGGGAAGUGAGGAUAAUGAAGAUCUUGAAUCAUCCCAAUAUAGUUAAAUUAUUUGAAGUGAUUGAAACGGAGAAGACACUUUAUUUAAUAAUGGAAUAUGCCAGCGGAGGCGAGGUGUUCGACUACCUGGUGGCCCACGGGAGGAUGAAAGAGAAGGAGGCCAGAGCCAAGUUCCGGCAGAUCGUCUCAGCGGUGCAGUACUGCCAUCAGAAGCAGAUCGUGCACAGGGACCUGAAGGCGGAGAACCUGCUGCUGGACGCGGACAUGAACAUCAAGAUCGCCGACUUCGGCUUCAGUAACGAGUUCACGAUCGGGAGCAAGCUGGACACGUUCUGCGGCAGCCCCCCCUACGCGGCGCCCGAGCUCUUCCAGGGCAAGAAGUACGACGGGCCCGAGGUGGACGUGUGGAGCCUGGGGGUCAUCCUCUACACGCUGGUCAGCGGCUCGCUCCCCUUCGACGGGCAGAACCUGAAGGAGCUGAGGGAGAGGGUUCUAAGGGGGAAGUACCGGAUCCCCUUCUACAUGUCCACCGACUGUGAGAACCUGCUGAAGAAGCUCUUAGUGCUCAACCCCGUCAAACGAGGAAGCUUGGAGCAAAUCAUGAAAGAUCGAUGGAUGAACGUGGGCCACGAGGAGGAGGAGCUGAAGCCGUACAUCGAACCUGAGCCCGAUUUCAGCGACAACAAGAGAAUAGAACUGAUGGUCACGAUGGGAUUCCCCAAAGACGAGAUCACGGAGUCGGUAGUGGGGCAGAAGUUCGAUGAGGUCAUGGCCACUUAUCUUCUGCUCGGCAGGAAGCCUCCUGACUUUGAAGGGAGCGAGUCCCUGUCCAGCAGCAACCUGUGUCAGAGGUCACGACCCAGCAGCGACCUCAACAACAGCUCCACGCAGUCCCCCGCCCACUCCAAGGUCCAGCGAAGCAUUUCAGCCAAUCAGAAGCAGCGGCGAUUCAGCGACCACGUGGGACCCAGCAUCCCCCCGGCGGUGUCCUACACCAAGCGGGCGCAGGCCAACAGCGUGGAGGGCGAGAAGAAGGAGGACUGGGACAGCAGCCGCAAGCUGGGCACCUCCAGCUCCAAGGGGGACAUGCCCGCCUCCCCCCUGCUGGUGUCCGAGAGGAAGAAGCCUUCAGCAGCCUCAGGGAACAGCGCUCUCCCGGGAGGGGGAAUGACGCGCAGGAACACCUACGUGUGCGAGCGCUCCAGCACCGACCGGCACAGCGCCAUCCCCAACGGGAAGGACAGCAGUCUGACGGAGGUGAGCGCGGGCAGCACCCCCUCGUCCUCAGGAGCCACGCCCGCCGCACCCUCCACCCGCCCCCGCCACGUCAAGUCCAUGUCCGCCUCAGGACACCCCUCCAAAUCACCACUCCCACCCAUCGAGGACAACAGCGAAUACCGACCCAGCUCCGCCCCCCGCGCCCCGGCCGCCUCCCCCUCGGCGCACAGCAUCAGCAGCACCACGCCGGACCGCACCCGCUUCCCGCGCGGCAGCUCCAGCCGCUCCACCUUCCACGGGGCGCAGCUGCGUGACCGCCGCAGCGCCACCUACAACGGCCCCCCCGCCUCGCCCACGCUGUCCCACGACACCGGCGCCCUCGCCCAGGCCCGCCGCGGCACCUCCACCGGCAUCAUCAGCAAGAUCACGUCCCGCUUCGUCCGCAGGGUCCCGAGCGAGGGCGAGGCCAGCGGCAGAACGGACGCGCCCAGAAGCGUCUCAGGUGAGCCGAAGGAGGAGAGCAAGGAUUCCAAACCGCGCUCGCUGCGCUUCACCUGGUCCAUGAAGACCACCAGCUCCAUGGAGCCCGGAGACAUGAUGCGCGAGAUCCGCAAGGUGCUGGACGCCAACAACUGCGACUACGAGCAGCGCGAGCGCUUCCUGCUCUUCUGCGUGCACGGCGACGCCCGCCAGGACAACCUGGUCCAGUGGGAGAUGGAGGUGUGCAAGCUGCCCCGCCUCUCGCUCAACGGCGUCCGCUUCAAGAGGAUAUCGGGCACCUCCAUCGCCUUCAAGAACAUUGCGUCCAAAAUCGCCAACGAGCUGAAGCUGUGAAUGAACCCCCCGUGAGCGGGAGGAACGGAGGCGACGCGAGGCGAGGAGAAGGGUCUGUUGUAGAUGGGAUCAGGGUACUGGAGGCCCAUUGGUUUAGUGCACAGUGACCACAAUGUCAUUCGUACAGGGUACUGGUGUUGGAGGCGGCUGCCGUGUGGUUCGGCCAGCGUAGACAAGAAAAAAAGGAAGAGAAAAAAAAAGUAUCCUCCCUUCACUCACCCUCCCCACUCUAUAUUCCCACCCCACCACUUAUAUAAGAUACGUGGUUAAAGGCUAACUCUCAUUGCAAUAAGGCUGAUCUUUUCUUAUUAAAGACCUGUAAAACAAAGUUCUCUUUGCUGAACUACCAUUCAGAGGCAAACCGAAAAAGUUGCUAAAAUAAGGCAAAAAUAAAGAACAUGCUGUUCACAGUUCUUUCUUCAUUGAGUAUAAUAUUCAGAAUCUUAUAGCAUCUACAGGUAUUGUAUAGUUGUCUUUCUGUACAGAAAAUGUAUGUUUAUUGUCUAUGUGUAAUUUUUGAGUUUGAACUUUCCUAAUGUUAUUGACAUCCAUUAGAAUGUUUACCUUUGCUCUGUGAAUUUUUAUUUGGUUUUUAAAAAAGAAAUUGGAGUCUACUUUUAUGACCGUAAGGGGUUUUUGUUUCCUUUUUUUUUUUUUUUAAAGGAUUUCACCAGAAUAUUGGAGGUAUGUCGAGUAACAAAAACACGCAACACUGAAAAGUACAGCAGUAAGCUGAGAUACCCAACCCUAUGUCGCAUUAUAACGUAUUAUAACGCAUUAUAGCGCUUCAUCUGCCAGCUACAGGAAACGUAAAAUAGCGCGGCAGAAACUGUAGCUCUACAGCCGAAAUAUAAUGCAUUUUUUAAAAAUUAUUAUUUCUUUCCAUUGACCGGUACAAGGGAUAUUGUGAUAGCACAGCUGCAGCCCAACUUCCAAUUCUGAAGCAGGCUGAGCAAGAUGUCACUUUGGGAAACUGAUAUAUAAUGUCUUUCUGAGACUGCAUCCUUUAGAGUUUUUUUCCCUCUAUUACAGUAACUCUUGAACCACAUUGAACGUAAUUGUACAGUUGUCAGUUUUGCUCGUUUGUGCUGGAUAUUUUUUUAGCAAAUUUAUUGUAUUUAUUCCAUCACAUUAUGCCUGCAAUGUGCUGCUUUGUAAUUUUGAGGCAUUCACCUGUACAAGAAAAGAAUAGGAUUUAUUUGUUUUAUUUAGGUUUUUCCCCUUUGUAAUUAGUUAAAAUUUAAGUAUGUAAAACCACUAGUGCUGGUACCUUUAUACUUGUCAUUUUGUACCGAAUUAACCAUCAGGUUGACUGCAAUGGUGAAUCAUGUAUUACUGCAACGCUGGCAUGUCUGCCGUUCACACUGCACACCACUUCCUCCUCACAAGCAGGAAAGUGAUACGGACCCUCAUUUAAAUUACAAUAGUUUCAAAAAGGGAGAAGGGUUAAAAAAUUUUUAAAACCAGUGAUCAUCUCUGAGUACACAAGCAUCUUUGCUGGGUCCCGUUCAGAGGCAUUGUGGGACAGCAUGGAGGACUGUGUUUGCUGUAUUGUAAGGUCCGUUCAGAGGCAUUGUGGGACAGCAUGGAGGACUGUGUUUGCUGUAUUGUAAUGUCUGUUCAGAGGCAUUGUGGGACAGCAUGGAGGACUGUGUUUGCUGUAUUGUAAUGUGUGAUGUAGCUUCCUUCCUGUAACAACGGUACUGCUCCAGGGUGGACCUUCAUUUUGUUGCCUUAGCUGAUAAUGGCGCUCAGAAGCGAAGGAAGAGAGAAAAAGAAAAAAGUUUAAAACUCCCCCACAUCACCACCGCCCCCCCUCCCCCCUUACAAUGUUCAUGCAAAGAAGGUACGAUGAGAGUCAUCCAGAUUCAGUCUCACUCCAGAUUCAGUCUCACUGGUGCACAAUAUUAAAACUUACUUGAAAGGAGUCUCAGA